AUGCGUCACCAAUUCAUUGUGCAAGAUCUGGCAAACGAUAACCUACUCGGGCCCGAUAUCGUGUUCAGUCACGGCGCAAACUCAACUGAAGGCGAAUUUGCAGCUAUCAAAGAAAGCGGUGCAAGCAUUGUAGCAACGCCCGACACCGAGCUCUAUAUGAGAAUUGGCCAUCCAGUCGCGUUCCGCGCUGCCGACAAUGGCUGUCGUUCCUGUCUCGGUACAGACAUCACCUCAAACACCAGCAAUGACUUUAUGGCGCAGAUGAGACUCGCAUUAAAAGCUCAGCGCGCAAAAGAUAACGAAGAGAGUUUCCCCAAAGUUGUCAGACAGGAGACGGAAGAAGUGCUGUAUGAUGAGUUUGAAGUCAUAUUGCGCAAGUGCUAA